AUGAUGGGCAAAGUAAAGGCUACCAAGAGGUCACAAAGCAACAAGCUCUUGGAGGUUCAGGGAAGCUCUUUCCUGCCAGGAGACCUGACUGGGCAGGACUCUGUCCCCGGCAGCAGGCGCAGGGACAGCUGGGCUCAGCCCCACCUCACGGAGGGCAGCCCCAAGUCCAACGGGACUGGGCAGACACUGGAUUCUCCCAUCCUCUGCACGGAAACAGUGACUUUCACUGCAGUGGUGGAAGGAGAGGAACGGGGCUCCUUGUACUACUCCUUUAAGACUGAGCAGUUGAUAACUCUGUGGGUCCUCUUUGUUUUUACCAUUGUUGGAAAUGCCAUCAUGCUGUUCUCUACACUGAGAAGGAAGAGGAAGUCGAGAAUGACCUUCUUUGUGGCUCAGCUGGCCGUCACAGGUACAUAA